UUUAUUCUUUCCCUUUUUCCUCUGUUUUUUUUUUCUGGAGAAAUUAAAAAGCUGUGGGCCUUUUACGUUUUAACUGAUCCUAUUUUUUGUGCUUUUUCCUAUAAAAACUCACUUGAAUCUCCUCAAAUUUCAACCAAAGUUUUUUAUUUUAUUUUAUUUUGUUGUUGAUAGAAGAAAAAAAAAAUUAAAAAAAAAAAAUGGAAGGAACAAAAAAAACUAGCAGCUGUUCAUUUACUUCUGAUCUUUUUGGUUCUAAAGAAACUUCUGCUUCUUCAUCUUCUUCAAUUUUUGGUUCCAUUUUCCCUCCUCCUUCCAAGGGACAUGGAUCGAUGAAUUCGGAGCAAUUGAAGCAUGAUCCUGUGAUUCAGGAGAGAAAUGCUAAAGGUGGAGACUCAGGAAGUACUCCUACUAGCAAUGAAGCUUCCAGCCAGCAGGCUGGACAAAACAAGCAGCCGAGUUCAUUUUAUCAGAACGAAAAAGUACAGCCAUGCCAUCUUAGCUCAUCGUUAUACUAUGGGGGUCAAGAUGUCUAUUCAUUUCCCCAAAAUAAUAAUCAGAGCUCUACAUACACAACUAACGUCAAGGAGGCCUGGAUUUUAGGUUGUUUGAUCUGCCAGUGGAAGUAUUUGAGACAGAUAUUGAUUGGAUUAUUUUUGCAAGAACGUCGAGGAAGCCUGGAUUUUAGAUGCGGAAGCUGUCAUUGAAGAAAUAGAUGAUCGGUUUUUGCUCCCUACCGAUAUGAGGGAGACUUGUAAUUCAUUGUUUAUAUCCCAUUUUAAUUAGAGUUAUAAGGCAGAGUCAAUUAGGCAAGGAUUAGAACCAUCACCUGUGUUCUUAAGGUCAUUUGCUUAUUCUUAUGUUUCUAAUUGUCUUCCUCUUUGAUUUCGAAUUGAGCGCAGUUCAACAAAGAUAAUGGAGAAGAUGAUUCUGGCAGUGCGUCU